AUGAGUUUAAUUUUAAAACACGAACAACACAAAUUCGAGACUGAUGAUUAUUCAGGAGACGGAUUCAUCUCAGCACUAACUUCCCUCAUUCCCAAAGUAUCUAGCUUUGUUUCAAACAACAAAUCCCUAAUUUCCUCCGAAGCUCAAGCUCUUGGGUCUGUGGCAAAAGCAGGAGUUAGAAUACACGAUGCUGUCAAAAAAUCUGACGAAUUGAAAGAAUUACAGCAACUACGAAACAAGAGAAUAGAACAACAAGCUUUAGAUAAAAAAACAGGAAAAGAUAUUCAAAAAUCAUUAGGAUAUCUUCCAGGAUUCCCUUGGGCUAAAUACUCCGGAGAAAAACAUCUUCCAGGUCAUAAUUAUACGGGUCCAGGUACUAGGUUAGAUUUACGAUUAGACCAAAACGAUAAACCCAAACCAGGUGAAGAACCUGUCAAUAGAGUUGACGCUGCUGCACUUAAACAUGAUAUAUUAUACAGAAAUAAAGACCUCAAGUUUAGACACGAGGCAGACAAACAAAUGAUAAUCGAACUUGAAAAUAUUCCAAAUCCAACAUUCAAAGAGAAAAUGCAAAGAGCACUGAUUAUAAAACUGUUAAAAACAAAGAUGAAAUAG